AUUACGAUUACUUCGAUGUAACACAAAAAAAAAUAAGAUUUUAUUGAACUCCUAAUAAGAUUAGAACUUUUACGGUUUCCUCAACCUAUUUAAACCUGCCAACAAAAAUUUUAAGUCGUAAAAUGUUUUUCCUACAUAAAAUCGCGUUUCUUUUUUUAACAAUCCAAGUAGUAAAACCAAUUCAUCACGAUGAAAUUUGUGGUGGUUUCGACGGAAGGCGUUUGUAUCUCGAAUUAGGCGAGCACGGAACUUUAUUUUCAUCACAUCAUAACUCCACGCAAGAUCGAAAUGGUUUUGAACAUGGUCAGUGUACAUUGGAAAUCGUUACAUGCCCAUCGUGCGUGAUAGCCGUACAUUUUAGUUAUUUAAAUUUAUCUAAUACUUGUGGAAAUGUCGUUGGGGAGUGCCCUUGUAGUUAUAUAUCAAUUUUUGAGCCCCCUUACGAACAAGUAUCUGAGAAGCGUUAUUGUGGAUAUUUUUUGGAUAUGAACAAUUCGAGUUUGUAUUAUAAAAGUAUUACUAGAACGGCGACUAUAAGAUUUUUCUAUAAUACAGCAUAUAAUCAAGCCUUCGUUUUGAAUUAUUUUUCAGAGAGAAAUCGAAGGUUCAUUAAUGGAAAUCCCGAAUCAAAUAACGGGCGAAAUUUUUCAAACGAAAUCACCUCGCCUUAUUUCCCAAAUAAUUAUCCCAGAGAUUUAAGCGUUGAGUAUAUUAUUAAUUGUAAGGUGGUAAAAAUUUGUAGGAUAAAAUUAUCUUUUGCCGAUUUCCAAAUAUCAAGAUCGUCUUUAAUCGAAUUUUUUGAUUGGAACGGACAAAGGAUGUUUGUAACAACGGGCUCAAUAUUUCGCCCUCCAAUUUUAAUCAGUACAGGCCCAACGAUUGUGGUGAGAUUCUACGCAAACGGUGGCACUAACGUUGGGUAUAAAUUUAUUUAUACCUUUUUAAAUGGAGAAUCGAAUGGCACUUUAGCCACGAACACAAAUUGUGGUGGGUUAGUUGAUAAUCUUGGUGGUGGAAUUACAAUGAACGAUAUGGUUGAAACCGGUAUAAAAAAAUUUGACUGCAUAUGGAUUUUAAAACCACCCCAAGGAUAUCUUCACCAAAAAACGCAUUUAUUCAUUAAAAUUACAAAUUUCGAAUAUUUCGAUAAUAACACAAAAUUGAUUAUAAAAGAAGGAUUAAACUCAAAUGGGCCCUCGAUCACGAAUAUUUUAACUCAAACGCCGUAUCGAUCCCGAGAACACGUUGUCCCUAGUAAUCAAGGAUUUUACAUCAGUUUACAGGGCGAUUUCAAUCAAAGAACAAAAUUGGAAAUUGUUUAUGCUGCAUUUAGUUAUAGAGAUUGCAGUUUAGGUACAGAUUUUCUUUGUCAAAAUCAAAGAUGUAUAUCGCCAAAUUUAGAAUGCGACGGUUUCAAUCAAUGUGGAGAUAAUAGCGAUGAACCUGAAAUAUGUUCAAGAAAUAAAAUAGCAAGGAUGUACACUCCAAAUUUUUACUUUCCUAAAGGAGAACGAGACAUUGAUUUAAAAACGGCGACAAUUAUAUUUGUUAUUAGCAGCUUUGCACUAAUAUGUUUAGUAGUUUCAUUAAUCGUCUUAGUGUAUCGCAUCAACGUAAAAGGAACUCGAAGGAACCACUUACAAGCUCAUUUGCAAAGUAUUAAUGAAUUAUUAGAUGAAACUUUAUCCCGCACAGAAGAAGAAGAAAUAAUUAUUCCCGAUGAUCCUCCGUGUUACGAAGCACCACCAACUUAUGCAGACGUAAUAAAAGUAUUCGCUGAAUCCGAUCGAAACACAAUCGCAGUGUUAAAAAUUCCAAAACACAGGCAUUGCGGGAAACACACAAAAAAGCAUGUAGAUGUUGAAACUUCAAGUGUUUCAACCGUUGAUAGUACGGCUAAUUUAAUUGGAAAUCCAAUUCAGAUAAGUUCUUUGGAAUGUUCCAUUCCGCAAAUGAUUUUGGAGACAAAAGGAAUUGAACAGUUUCAACCGGGAACCAGCCAAAGUGGUAAUGAUACACCGCUUGAUAAUAAAGAACCUAAUCGAUUAUCUAAAUGGUUAAAAAGAGAAACCGAUUUUUCCUUCGCGUCGAAUGAAGGAUUUUUUUCGACUAUUUUGGCAAGUCGGAAUCAUUGCCUAUCUGAUAGCGAUCUUACAUCUGUUAAGGGCUUCGUUGAGGAAAAUUCGACGGCGAAUGUUUUUAAGAUAACUCGAAGUUUGUCCAUUGAAAAUUUGUGUAAAUUGUAAUUUUUGUUCGUAAUAAAACUUUGUUGAUUUAGAA